CUCGGUUUAAAAGGUAAUGAAAACGAAAAGGCCAUGUGGCGAGAGAUAGAGUAUGAGUUACAAACUAUACAGGUGGGCGAAUUAGGAUAUGACCAUCCAUUUUGUUCUGGAAUACUCCAUGAUAGCUCGCUUCCUAUAAAUG